UGGGCUACCACCACCAUGCCUGGCCAUAUCGUGAAGAGCACCGGGCCCGACCCCGACCCCACCGAGUUCCUGUUCGUUUCAGCCGAACAGCGAAUGCUCGACCAGACCAAGCCUUAUGAUCCCAAGAAGUCUUGCUGGGUCCCUGACGACAGGGAGGGAUUUGUUGAGGGCUUGAUCCAGGGCGCCAAAGGUGACACGAUGGUCAGUGUCCAACUAAAGAGCGGAGAGGUCAAGGAUUACAAGAAAGAUGUUGUGGGACAAGUCAAUCCACCCAAGUACGAGAAAUGCGAGGACAUGUCCAAUCUAACCUACCUGAACGAUGCCUCCGUCCUGUACAACUUGAAGACCCGUUACCAGGCCAAGCUCAUCUACACCUACUCUGGCCUCUUCUGCAUCGCCGUCAACCCCUACAAGCGCUUCCCCAUCUACACCAACCGCGCCGUCAAGAUCUACCAGGGCAAGAGGCGUAAUGAGGUGCCUCCCCAUCUCUUCGCCAUUUCCGACGGCGCCUACAUGGACAUGUUGCAAUCUGCCGUGAAUCAAUCUAUGCUCAUCACUGGAGAGUCUGGCGCCGGCAAGACUGAGAACACGAAGAAGGUGCUGUCCUACUUCGCCAACGUCGGCGCCACCACUAAGAAGAAGGAAGACGAGAAAAAGCCGAACUUGGAGGACCAGAUCGUGCAGACCAAUCCUCCUCUUGAAGCUUACGGCAACGCCAAGACCACCCGUAACGACAACUCCUCUCGUUUCGGUAAGUUUAUCCGUAUCCACUUCGCCCCCAAUGGCAAGCUGUCCGGAGCUGACAUCGAGGUGUACCUGCUGGAGAAGGCUCGCGUCAUCUCGCAGUCGCCGGCAGAGCGAGGCUACCACAUCUCCUACCAAAUGAUGUCCGAUCAAGUUCCUUACCUUAAAAAAAUAUGUCGUCUCAGUGACGAUAUCUACGACUACAACUACGUAUCACAAGGCAAGGUCACUGUGCCUUCUAUCGACGACAAAGAAGACAUGGAAUUCACUCAUACCGCUUUCACAAUUCUGAACUUUGCUGACCAAGAACGCGAUGACGCCUACAGGCUCACUGCUUCCGUCAUGCACAUGGGCAACCUCAAGUUCAAGCAGAGGGGCCGAGAGGAGCAGGCUGAACCCGACGGUACCGAGGCUGGUGAUAUUCUUGGUGAGAUUCUGGGCGUUGACAGUGCUGAGCUAUACAAGAACCUGUGCAAGCCCAAGAUCAAGGUCGGCGCUGAGUUCGUCACCCAGGGAAGAAACGUUAACCAAGUUAACUACUCCGUUGGUGCUCUGGCAAAGGCCCUGUACGACCGUCUCUUCAAAUGGAUCGUGAAGAAGUGUAACGAGACCCUCGAGACUGGCAUGAAGCGUGCCAUGUUCAUUGGUGUGCUCGAUAUUGCCGGAUUCGAGAUCUUCGACUUCAACGGCUUCGAGCAGAUCUGCAUCAACUUCUGUAACGAGAAGUUGCAGCAGUUCUUCAACCACCACAUGUUCGUGCUUGAGCAAGAGGAGUACAAGGCCGAGGGCAUUGACUGGGUCUUUGUCGACUUCGGUAUGGAUCUGCAGGCUUGCAUUGAUCUCUUUGAGAAG